GUGUAUAAUGGAUGAUGUUGCCGAGGAAACUAAAAUUUCUUAUUUUUUUGAUUGUUGUAACUCUUGUUUUUAAAAUUAUUUUGUACUAUUCGAAUAAUGGUCAUUAGAUUCGUCACUCAAGAGUCUAUAAGAAUGUUACACACAUUUAUUCCUUUUUGUGCAAUUUUGUGUGUGCUACACGGCAGAUUGGAUUGUUUUCCCAUACCAAGCCUGUCACCCGACUUGGAUGGUGUACCGUCCAUGCCGCAACCGUCGGCUUCGUCCAGUAUUCAAUGGACAACGUCUCCUGAAACGCCACUGAUGCAGUAUUGCUUAUACAGACGUAACUGGAUCUCGUCCACUUUUAUACCGUUCCUAAUAUCGACAGCCAGUACUCGAGUGUCGUCUUCGAACAACCAAGGGUUGAUUCCGACGAUUACGCAGUACAAGCGACGACCGCUUCCGUCGUUCGAUAGAAACAGUAAGGUUUCGUCGUCUUCCAAAAAUGACUACCGUAAAAACGGGAUUUCAUCGUCCAACCUAUUGUCGAAACCGUUGUCCGACGGUAAAGUCGCGAUUCCUCCAUCCGAACGGCGACCGUAUCCGUCGUUCGAUAACAAAUGUAAACUCUCGCAUUCGCCCCAGCCGUCUUUGAAUAAUAACGACAUGAGCACGCCGUCGUCGAUCAAUAACAAUUUACGGGUAUCGUCGCCACCGCCCGACAACGAAUUGGAGGUUUCAACGACGUUAUCGUAUGCCAUGCGAUUGUCCAAUUAUCAUCUCUUAAAACACGAUGAAUUUCCGAUGAUACUGUUUGAUGGUAACGGCGAGAUGCACACAAACUACUAUCCCCCAACCGAGCAACCAGGUUAUGAGAACACGCAAAUAACCGAUGAUGAUCAGGGUCGUUAGUUUUGUCCCGAAUGGUCAACAAAAAAUGAUGACGAUUUGAAGUUAUAAAGUACGUGUUGUAUGUGGUUCAGCGGUUUGUCAAUUAUUCAUGUAGGAAAGUUUAAAUUUCGCGUAUGAUGCUGAUCAGCGGAUUCGAUACGUUAAAUCACCCAAGACUGUUGAUAGAAUAAUAUCAUUGACAAAUGAGAUUUUUGGUUCGCCAUCGUAGAGCAGUGACGUUUGUUUCGAUGUACCUACCAAUGUAUUGUUAUGAAAAUACCUUCUAUUUUGAUUUGAUAAAAUAUUGUAUUAUAUUAUUUUGUAACUAUUAGUUUGUAUAUUUUACUUAUAAUAUGUUAAGAACUUUAAACUGUUUAAACAUAUUUUAAUAUUUAAAUGACAAUAAUAUAAGAAAAUUGUUUGUUGUUAAAU